AUGGUGGGCAGCGUGUGGGUUGCUCUGGGACUCUCCCUGACCUGCAUCUCGGCCCUCAGCCUCCUCUCCCCUGCCUGGUUCCAGACGCCCACCUUCUCCUUUGGCGUCCUCUCCUACUGCUCCUGGCCUCAGGGUGACAGCUGGAACCAGAGCUGUGGGAUCUUCAGGUCCCUGGAUGACAUUCCGGACUUUGCCUGGAAGGUCUCAGCUGCGCUUCUCCUGGGAGGCUGGCUCCUGGUGGCCUUCCAUGCAAUUCUCCUCCUGUCCUGGGUCCUGGCCCCCAAAGAGCUGUGCCCAAGGAGGGGCAGUGGCAAAAUGCGGGGGGUGCAGGCAGCUGCAGCCACCACCACUGUUUUGGGCCUGCUGGCUUUCCCUAUCGGCCUGGCCUCCCCAUUUGCCAAGGAGGCCUGUGGAGCCUCCUCUGUGUACCGCAGUGGACAGUGCCAGCUGGGCUGGGGCUAUGUGACUGCCAUCCUCAAUGCAGUCCUGGCCAGCAUCCUGGCCGUCAUCAGGUGGCCCCGCACGACCAAAGUACAGGGGAGGACCAUCCGCUUCUCCAGCGACACUGGGAAAAUCAUCCUUAUGCCAGAAGGGAGGAAAUAA